AUGUCUGAUAUUCCAAUAAUACAGAAUAACAAAGCUCAACAAAAGGAAAUUCCAGAAAUUCUGAACGGAGCGCCAGGAUCAACAACUACUGAGAAUGGUGAUACUCAUGAUGCUACUCAAAUAGCUUCUGGUGCUGCUACUGCUGCUACUGCUCAACCUUUGCCAAAUCCACAAUCAGCUACUACUUCUUCAAAUGGUAAUCAUGGAAGCAUAUUACCACCACAACAAACCAUUCCACCAACACCAUUACAACAAACACAACAAACACAACAACUAAAUGUCUCAAUACCAAUACCAACUCAAGUACCAACCACUGUACAAAGCAAAAGAAUAUUCAAUUCUAUACAUGAUUUUGAAAAAAUUGGUAUUAAAACGAGGAAAUCUAUAAAGGAAAAUUUUCAACAAAAGGAAUCACCAUCAUUUGAUCCACCAAGAGAUAAUAUUGAAAGUAUACCCACCUAUUAUCCAACAGAAGAACAAUUCAAAGAUCCCAUGGGGUUCAUAGAAUCUAUAAAUGAUGUUGGUAUGAAAUAUGGUGCUGUUAAGAUAAUACCUCCACCUAAUUAUGACCCAGGUUUUUCAAUGGAUUUAUCAAGAUUAAAAUUUAGAGCUGCAAAACAAUCUUUAAAUCAUCCAACAAGUAAUUUUAAUGAAAAAAUUCAAUUUUAUAAAGAUUUAUUACAAUUCCAUAAAUCUCAAAAAUUACCUUUAUUAAGAUUACCAUCAAUUGAUAGAAGAGUUUUAGAUCUGUUCAAAUUAAGAAAUUCUGUUCAUUUAAAAGGUGGGUUUGAAUUGGUUUGUAGAAAAAAACUUUGGGCUCAAAUUGGUAGAGAAUUAGGUUAUACUGGUAGAAUUAUGACUUCUUUAUCAACAAGUUUAAAAAAUUCUUAUCAUAAAGUUGUUCAUUCUUAUGAUUUAUAUUUACAACAACAAGAUUUUGAAAGUUCAAAUAUAACAAAUGAAUCAAAUAAAAGACCUUUAGAAGAAUCAAUUAAUAAUAAAGAUCAUAAUGAAGAUUUUAUUAAAAGACCUAAAACUGAGGCAAAAGAAUUGAAAAUUAGAGAUCCAAUACCAACAAUUUCAAAUUCAAGAAGAGUUUUCAAAAGAUCAAGAGAUAUUUUAAAAGCUAAAGGUUUUAGAACAAAUUUUGAAUCUUAUACAGAGGAAAAACAAGGUAUAACUCAAAUUGAAGAUAAUACAUUCCCAUAUUAUGAUUUUAGUUAUUGGCAUAAAGGUUAUGAAGUUUUAGAUUAUCCUUAUCCAAGUACAGAAGUCAGUCAAUUAUACGAUUUAGAUGAAUUUUAUGAAUCACAUCUGAAAUUUACAAGAAGUUUAUUUUCAGGUGAAGUUAGUGAAGAUCAACGUAUUGAAAGAUAUCAAAAUUUAAUAUCAUCAAAAUCUUCGGAGUUUAAUGUUGAAUCUGCAAAGCAUUUACCAUCAACUGUAUUUGGAAGUGGAUUUGCUUCAAUGACUGAAGUUGUUGAAUCUAAUAAAUUGGAAAAUGUAACUGACCCUUGGAAUUUAAAUAAUUUACCAUUAAAUGAAAAAGGUUUAAUGAGAUAUCUUGUUACAGAAAAUGAACCAUUAACAAAACCACAAAUUGAUAUUGAAAUGUUAUAUAGUACACAAUCAUGGGCAGCAGAAGAUCAUUUAUUAUAUUCAGCUGAUUAUCAACAUAUUGGUGCUUCCAAGAUUUGUUUUUAUAUUUCACCAAGUGAUCAAGAAAAAUAUGAAAAUUUAGUAACAAAAUAUGUUAAUGAAAGUGAAAGUUCAAUUGGAUCAGGUAUUAUUAAAGAUGAAUUCCCAGAACCAAUUGCUUCAGAUGUUUGUGAUACAAUUAAAAUUCAAGAUCAAUUUAGUAAUAGAGCUGACACAACAAAUUCUUCAUUUCAAAAAUUAUAUGAAAAAAAACCAACAGCUGUUAGAUUUAAUACAGAUUUUCUUAUACCUUUUGAUAUAUUAAAACAAAAUGAUAUUAAAAUUUAUUAUACAAUACAAAAAUCUGGUCAAUUUUUAAUUAAAUUCCCCAAAACAUAUUCAUCAUCAAUUUCAUUAGGUUUUAAUAUAAAUGAACAUGUUAAUUUUGCUACAAUGUCAUGGUUAGAUCAUGCAUCAUAUGCAGAAAAUUGGUUACAAAAACAAGGUUUAUUACCAUGUUUUUCAUUUUUCCAAUUAUUAACUACAAUUGCAGAAGAAUCAAAAGAUUCAUCUUUAUUAAAGAAAGUUUUACCUUAUUAUAAUGAAUUAAUUGAAGAACAAUUUGAAUUAAGAUCUAAUUUGAAAAAUACUGUGUCAAAUUUGAAAACAAUUAAUAAUAAAUUUGAUUAUAUUACAGAUGAUAAUUUAUCAAUGAGUUUCCCAACAAAAAUUGUGGUAAUAUCAGGGAAUGAUUCUUUUAAUUUAAAUCCAUUAAAUUUUAUUAAACUUUAUCAAGAUGGAAUUUUUAAAAAUUUUAAAGAAUCAUCAAUUAAAUUUGAAAUGCAUGUUUUCUAUUCAGAUGAUCGAUUGAAAAGUUUCCAAAGAACUUUAUCAACUUAUGCACAAACACCACAAGAUUGGUGUAAAAAAUUUGAAGAAUUAUUAUCAAAUCAUGAAAAACCUCCAAUAAGAUCAUUGAAAACUUUAUUAACCGAAAGUGAACGUAUUAAUGGUUCAAUACCUGAAGCUGAAACUUUAAAAUCAUAUCUUGAUGAUGCAAAUUUAUGGAUUGAACAAGUUCAAGAUAUUAUGAGUGUUAAACAAAAAAAUAGAAUUCGUAAUAGAAGAGGUUCUAUCAAAGAAGAAAAAUUAGAUGAUCAAAAACAAAUUACAAAACCUGAAGUUAUUGAAAAAUUAAUUAAAGAAAUUCCAAAUUUUAGUUUUACAUGUCCAGAAAUUGAUCAAUUAAUUGAAUUUGCUAAUGAAAUUUAUCAAUUUGAAAUUACAGCUAGAGGGUUUUUAACAGAUUCAGAUCAUACAAAUGAAGAAUUUUAUGAUAUGAUUGAUCUGGGUAAAUCAUUUGGAGUUGAAUUAAAAUCUGUUGAAUUUUUAGAAAGAAUUGUUAAAAGAGAAGAAUGGAUUUUGAAAGCUGAACAAGUUUUGAAAAAUUCUACAAUUUUAGAAGAAUUUGAACAUAUUUUGAAUGAUGGAUUUAAAUUAGCAAGUAAAAAAGAUCAAGAAUUAAUGGAUAAAGUAUUUGCCAAAUAUAAAAAUGGGAAAUAUUUAAAUGCUAAAUUUAAACAUUUCUUAUCAUUACCUUCAUUAUCAAUAAAUAUUGUGGAAAUGUUGAUGAGAGAAUCUAUUGGAAUUCCAACUGAUAGACAAGUUAUGGCAGAUAUUGAAUCUAUUAAACAAAGACAUGCUCAAUCUGUACAAGAACGUGAUAAUAUUUAUAAAAUCAUUGAAAAAAAUGAACCUGAAUUGAAUGCAUUACGUGAUGAAAAAAGGAAAAAAGAUGAUCCUAAUGUUGAAUUUAAUGAAGAACAUUAUUUAAAAUUAAUUAAAAAAUUUCAAGGUGAUAAAUUUGAUAUAAGGCCAAAAUAUUCUGAAGCUAAAGAUACAUUAGAUAAUUCAAGACAAUUUUUACCAUCAACUCCAUCAGAUCCAUUAGAUAAUUAUUUAAGACAAGCUGAAGAAUGGUUAAGAAAAACCAAGAGAUUAUUUGGUAAAACUAAUGCACCUUUUAGUGUUUUAAGAAAUCAUUUAACAACAAUUUGGCAAAAAGAUCAAUAUUGUUUUGCUUUAGAAGAUAAAUAUAUCUUAAACAAAGAUGAAAAAGAUCAUUUACGUUAUUGUUUUUGUCGUCGUUCAGAAUCAGGUACAAUGAUUGCAUGUGAAAAAUGUGAUGAAUGGUAUCAUUGUAGAUGUCUGAAAUUUGGUAGAGGGAAAUCCAAGAAUCUUGAUCAUUAUAUUUGCCCAAUUUGUGAUUAUAGAUUAGAAAUUCCAAGAGAAUAUAAUUGUCCAAAGUUAGAAGAUUUAGAAAUUAUUGUUGAAGAAGGUGCCUUUUUAGAAGUAGCACCAGAUGAAUUAAAUUUAGUUAAAUCAAUAAUGGUUGAUGCAUUAAAUUUUAGAAAUUUUCUUAAAAAUGAAUUUAAAUGGGAUGAAUCAACUGGUGAAAUUAUUGAAACUGAUAUUUUAAAAAUUAAAUAUUAUCAUAGAAAAUUAGAAGGUGCAAGUGUUUUAUUAAUUAAUGAAUAUAAUCAAUUAAGACAAUUGAUUCAUAAAUUAGAUCCAAUUUGUUCAAUAGCACCACCAAUUAUUGAAUCAUCAAAUAAAACAAGAAAAAGAAGACCUAGACCAUCACUUCAAACUGAGGUAACAUCAACAUCAGGCAGUAGUAGCUCAAGUACAAUUGUUAUUAAAGGUGAUUUACCAACACCAACUCCAGAAUCAAGACAAAAAGUUGAUUUAUUGAAUUUAGUUAAACAAGAUGAAAAUGAUAAAGUUGUAGCCAAGGCUGAAGUUAACACUGGAAAUGAUCAACCAAAUGCUCAAGCAAAUGCUCAAGCAAAUGCCGACCCAAGUGUUGAACAAAAGUCUGAACAAAAGACUGAACCAACAAUUGAACAAACUAAUGGAAAUAAAGUUGAGGAUAAACCUAAUGAUAAUAAUGAUGAUACUGGAAAAAUCGAAGAAAAAGUUGAGGAAAAACCUAUAAAGAAUAGUGAUGAUACUGGAAGAAUUGAAGAAAAAAAAGAUGUUGAUGUUUCAUCAGUUCAAGAAGAUGUUAAAAAGACUGAUGAUGAUAAAUCAGAGGUUAAAGAAGAUCAAAAAAAUGAAUCAAUUGAAACAAAAUCAAAUGAUGACAUACCAACUGAAGAAGAACCAUCUGAAGAAAAACCAUCAGAGAACCCAAAGGAAAUUGAAUCAAAUGAAACAGAGACAUCAAAAGAACCAGUACCAGAAUCAGUACAAGUAUCAGAACCAGUAUCAGAACCUGUCAAAAACUCCGAGAAUUCAGACUCAGAACCUAAAGAAGAUUCAGAAAACAAGGAACCUACAGCUCCUGUUGAGAAUAAAGAACAAUAA